CACCCACUUCCAGUUUUUAGUAGUUUCACAUCAACAUCAACAUCAUGUCUGGAUACUACCACAUGCCACUCCAGGACCAGCAUGACCAGCAACAUGCUGAGCCGUCUGCCUUUCGACCUUCCCGAGCAGAGGACUGGGAACCAUACCGAGACAUCAUUGCACAUCUCUACAACACGAUGAAGCUCAAGGAUGUCAUGACCGAGAUGCAGAUGACAUACAACUUCAAAGCAACUGAGAAGCAGUACAAGACUCAGUUGAAGAAGUGGAACCUUGAUACCAAGUACAUCAAGGCAUCCGAGUACAUGGCCAUGCUUCAGAUCAUGCGUGAGCGGGAGGCCCAGGACCCAUCCAAGCAGACACGCUUCAUUCUUCGCGGGAGACCAGUAGAUCCCAAAGAUAUUGCUCGGUUUGAGAAGCGGCAUCAGAAGAAAGGGACACUGAAGGAAGGGGAGCUGGCAGAGCUUCAGGAACCUGUCGAGGACCUCAUCUAUCACACUCCUUCUCCUGAGCCAACAGGAUAUGCAUACACUGCAACCUCCGACUACGGGUCAACCUCCUCGUAUGCAACCACUUCCGCAUACGACACUUCCUCGCAAUACGCCUAUAGUUACGGCAUGUGACCCGAGCAAUGCAUCUACGACCACGCAAGGUGGCUUUCUACCCGAAUUUUUUGACGACGAGGUGCAACCGGCAGAUGGGGGCGCAUAGUCGAAUUCUUUUUUUCAGUAAUAGUUCUUCCUUACACUUAAUGCACGCAUAUGGGACAACGGUAGGACAUGAUUUGGAGGCAUCUCAUCUUUCAUUUGGUGGACUGGAGGAGUAAUUGGAUACCCAUGGAUUUGAUUGGUUUGGACUUACACGGGCGUUUUUUUUGCUUGCAGCGGAUAGACACAUAUAGACGUGACAGUGGUGCAUCGAC